CCGCAUUUGGACGUGUAAGAGAGAGCACCUUUCACUUGAGCUUCAACAUGGGAAGGGGAAAUGAAGACUCUGAUCUCCACUGCUCCUCUAUCCAAAGCUCCACAGUCCAGCCCCAUUUCCAGCAGAUCUCCUUUACAGAAAAGGGCUCAGAUGAGAAGAAACCAUUCAAAAGAAAAGACAACACCGCCUCCUCUCAAUCCAAUGAGAAGCACAUACAAACGCAAGAAUCGGAGCCCAAUCCAAAUGAGGAGAAUUCUGAGGAAACCACGCUGAAAGCCGGAAACAACACUGCUGGAUCAGAACCAGAGUCCAGCUCAUGUCAGGGAAAUUGCAGGAAAAGAACAAUCAGUUCCAAGGAGAGCUGCCAAGACAGAGCAGGGAACUGUCCAGAAGAGGAGCGCAGCUCAACAAUGAAAAAAAAGUCAAAGUUCUCCACUGCUGUGCACAACAGUGAAAUCCAGGAGACCUGUCAUACCCACCAUAGGAGACAUUUGAGGGCUCACACUGGACACAGCAAGCGGCACAGGUCUCAGGCACUAGGAGUUCAACCACCGUCACUUCAAAAAAGCUUGGUGACCUCCGUGCGAGCUAUAUCGGAGGCUAUUUAUCAAGACCUAGCCCAGGUGUGGGCACAGCUCAUCCAUUCUCCACUGACCUGGGAGCAGUUCACAUGGCUCACUCAGCUCCGGGGGGCUCUGUGUGCUCAUGUGCAGACCUUCUAUGCCAUGGCCAUGCAGGCAGCUUAUGCCUUCCCUGCUGAGGACUGGCUUGUCCCAGACACACUGCCUGAUCCUGGGGAUUCAUCCCUAGAUAGAGAAGUCCACUCUGUCCCUGGCCAGGAGAUAACUGAGCCUGUCAGUGGAUCAGAUGAGGCUUGA